AUGACUUCUCACUUCAUCGACCGCUUCGCCAAACGCGCAGCGCACCUCGAGCCGUCCACCUCCUCCUCUCGCUCUUCUCAUCAGUCGGCAGCCCCACGUCCAGCUGGUGGGCUCGACAAGCGCGCAGAGGUCGAGCGGGCAGAGCUCAGCGGUGUACGGGAGGAAGGCUGCACGUUCUGUAAUAUCGUCGCGCGAGAGGAGCCCGCUUUCACGGCGUACGAGGAUGAACAUGUCAUGGCAUUCUUGGAUAUUCUGCCGAUUCGCCCUGGCCACCUCCUGCUCAUUCCGAAACGGCAUCACCAGCGAGUAACGGACCUGCCAGACGACCUAGGAGCGCAUCUGGGACGGGUCAUGCCCCGACUGACGCGAGCGCUGUGUCGAGCGACUGGACAGCCGGACUUCAACGUUGUCUCGAACCAAGGCUAUGCCCAGGUUGUCCCGCACCUACACUUCCACUUCGUGCCAGCCCCCUUCCCCUCCGCUUCCAGCUCCUCGCAGCCAAAAGCUCGACACAUGUGGAUCGGCCGCGACGAGCUCACGGACGAAAAAGGUGAGGAGAUGGUGCGCAAGAUCCGUGUCGAAGUCGAGCGGGAGUUUGAGGGCUUUGAGCGACGGAGCAUGAGUCCAGGCGGGAAGCUGUAG